AUGGCCUCCACAUUAAUCAGGAGGAACUUCCGGACAGCGGAUGGAGACAAUGAAUCCGAGCCUUCCUGGCUGAAGCGUCAGGUCACCGAAAGUUUACAAACCAUCUCACGCCGUGCCUGCAUUCAUCCCAUUCAUACAAUCGUCGUGAUCGCUUUGCUUGCGAGUACAACCUAUGUCGGUCUUCUCGAAGGAAGCUUGUUCGACUCAUUCAGGAACCCAAAGAAUGUUGCCGGCCAGGUAGACGUGGACUCGCUCCUUACCGGGAGCAGAAGCCUCCGUCUUGGGGAGAGUACGGCUUGGAAAUGGCAGGUUGAGGACUCCUUGACAGAGGAAGAUUACGAGGGUGUUGAGCACCUUGCUCUGACGACUUUCAUCUUUCCGGAUUCCGUAUCCAAGUCGCACUCGACAGCUCCCAUUGCAGACGCCUUACCCGUUCCCGCAAAUACCUCUGCUCAACGCGUCCCUCAUACGCCCAAUCUCUUCUCGCCUUUCUCUCACGACUCCUCUUUGGCCUUUUCUCUUCCGUUUGACCAGGUUCCUUACUUUUGGAAAGCGGUCCAGGAACUCCCUGACCCGACAAUUGAAGACGAUGAGGGAGAGCAAAAGAAGUGGAUUAUGCGCGCCGCUCGUGGUCCGAUCUAUGGGUCCAAUGGAGCUGCCAGGCUCUGGCUCGCGGAUGCUUGGAGUUCCUUUGCUGAUUUGAUCAAGCACGCUGAAACGAUUGAUAUUGUCAUCAUGACUCUCGGCUAUCUCUCUAUGCACCUCAGCUUUGCCUCUCUUUUCUUCUCCAUGCAGCGCCUAGGUUCGAAAUUUUGGCUGGCCACAACCGUUCUUUUCUCUGGAAUCUUCGCCUUCCUUUUUGGUCUCCUCGUCACGACAAAAUUCGGCGUUCCAAUCAAUGUUCUGCUCUUAUCGGAGGGCCUUCCGUUCCUUGUUGUGACCAUUGGAUUUGAGAAGCCGAUCAUCCUUACCAAGGCGGUUCUUAAUGCUUCGGUUGAUAAAAGACGCCAGGGCUCAGCCGCUUCCACUCCCAGCUCUAUCCAGGACUCGAUUCAAACCGCGAUCAAGGAACAAGGUUUUGGGAUCAUCAGGGACUACUGCAUUGAGAUUGCAAUCCUUGUUGCGGGAGCUGCUUCUGGUGUCCAGGGUGGUCUAAGACAGUUCUGUUUCCUCGCCGCUUGGAUUCUCUUCUUCGACUGCCUCUUGCUCUUCACUUUCUACACCACUAUCCUGUGCAUCAAGCUUGAAAUCACACGAAUUAGGCGUCACGUCGCUCUCCGCAAGGCUUUGGAGGAAGACGGCACUCCUGAGCGCAUCGCUGAGAAGGUCGCCUCGAGCAAUGACUGGCCUGGUGCAGGAUCAGACAAUGGCAGUGCUGACGAUACCAGCAUCUUUGGACGCAAGGUCAAAUCGAACAAUGUGCGCCGCUUCAAGAUUCUCAUGGUCGGCGGUUUCGUUCUCGUUAAUGUGGUCAACAUGUCCACAAUCCCGUUCCGGAACUCCAGCAGCCUGUCUCCCCUGUGCAAUGUGUUCGCGCCCACCCCGAUUGAUCCAUUCAAGGUUGCUGAAAACGGACUUGACACCAUCUAUGUUUCCGCCAAGAGCCAGAAAAUGGAGACUAUCGUCACUGUCGUCCCGCCCAUCAAGUACAAGCUGGAAUACCCCUCGGUACAUUACGCCAAGCUCGGCGACGGCCAGUCCUUUGACAUCGAAUACACUGAUCAAUUCCUAGACGCUGUUGGUGGGCGUGUCCUCGACGGUCUACUGAAGAGUAUCGAGGAUCCAAUCAUCAGCAAGUGGAUCAUCGCCGUUUUGACCCUGAGUAUAGUUCUGAAUGGUUACCUCUUCAACGCUGCCAGAUGGAGUAUCAAAGAGCCUCAGUCUGCCCCUGCCCCUCCUCCCCUUGAGCCAAAGGUCUACCCCAAGGUCGACCUAAACCCGCCCGGCCCCAUGCGAAGCAUGGAGGAAUGUGAAGCCAUGCUGAAAGCCAAAAAGGCAGCUUACCUGACUGAUGAAGAGCUUAUUGCACUUUCCUUGAAGGGCAAGCUCCCCGGGUACGCCCUGGAGAAAACACUGGAGAAUGAGGAACUCUACAGCCGUGUGGAUGCCUUUACUCGGGCAGUCAAGAUUCGCAGGGCAGUAGUAUCUAGGACAAGCGCGACUGCUGCUUUCACCGGCUCGUUGGAGAAGUCAUUGCUGCCUUACAAAGACUACAAUUACGCUCUUGUUCAUGGUGCUUGCUGCGAGAAUGUCAUUGGCACCCUCCCAUUGCCUAUCGGAGUCGCUGGUCCGCUUGUUAUCGAUGGUCAAAGUUAUUUCAUUCCCAUGGCGACCACUGAAGGUGUCCUAGUUGCCAGCGCAAGCCGAGGUGCUAAAGCCAUCAACGCUGGUGGCGGUGCAGUCACUGUUUUGACUGGUGAUGGUAUGACUCGCGGUCCUUGUGUCGGUUUCCCUACUCUCGCCCGAGCAGCAGCGGCCAAGGUUUGGCUCGACUCUGAAGAGGGUAAGAACGUCAUGACAUCUGCAUUCAACUCCACCAGCCGAUUCGCUCGUCUCCAACACUUGAAGACCGCCCUUGCUGGUACUUAUCUGUAUGUCCGAUUCAAGACGACUACCGGUGAUGCAAUGGGUAUGAACAUGAUCUCAAAGGGUGUCGAAAAGGCUCUCCAUGUGAUGGCUACUGAAUGUGGUUUUGAUGAUAUGUCCACGAUCUCUGUUUCCGGUAACUUUUGUACCGACAAGAAGUCCGCUGCUCUCAAUUGGAUUGAUGGUCGCGGCAAAUCCAUUGUCGCGGAGGCCAUCAUCCCUGGCGACGUUGUUCGGAACGUGCUCAAGAGUGAUGUGAAUGCAUUGGUAGAGCUCAACACCAGCAAGAACUUGAUUGGAAGUGCAAUGGCGGGUAGCUUGGGUGGUUUCAACGCCCACGCUUCCAAUAUUGUUACUGCUAUUUUCCUCGCGACUGGUCAGGAUCCUGCUCAAAACGUUGAGAGCAGCAGCUGUAUUACCACGAUGAAGAACGUGAAUGGUGAUCUUCAGAUCGCUGUCUCUAUGCCCUCCAUUGAGGUGGGCACCAUCGGUGGUGGAACUAUCCUGGAAGCCCAAGGCGCCAUGCUUGACAUUCUCGGUGUUCGUGGUUCUCACCCUACGAACCCCGGUGACAAUGCCCGUCAAUUAGCUCGGAUUGUCGGUGCUGCUGUGCUUGCUGGAGAAUUGAGUCUGUGCUCCGCACUUGCGGCUGGGCAUCUCGUCAAAGCGCAUAUGGCCCACAACCGUAGUGCUCCGACCACGCGGUCAGCUACACCGGUAUCAGCGGCCGUUGGUGCUACCAGAGGACUUGCCAUGACUUCCUCGCGAUAG